AUGCCUAAGGUGAAGAAGCGCAAAAGAGAAGCAGGGGAACGCAAAGCCGUGGAUGGAAAAAUUGGUGUGGACCAUGAAGGACUCGACGUCGACACAUCCAAGCCGUCGGCAGUCUUCCAACCCACCGGCGGCCGCUCCUAUACCUUGAGCGUUGCCUUGCCCGGCAGUAUCAUUGCCAAUGCCAAAUCUCACGAGCAAAAGACGUAUCUAGCCGGCCAAGUUGCCCGAGCAUUGGCCGUUUUCUGCGUUGACGAAAUCAUCAUUUUCGACGAUGAAGAUCCCGAAGUACAGCGAAGACGACCUGCCAUCGCCGAGUACGACUAUACCGCCUUUUCGCAUCCUGAUCACUUCCUUGCCCACGUCUUGUCCUACCUCGAGACGCCGCCGCACUUGCGCAGAACUUUAUUCCCUAUGCACCCCAAUCUUCGAACAGCAGGGACGCUGCCUAGCUUGGAUAUGCCACACCAUUUGAGAGCGAAUGAAUGGUGUGAAUAUCGUGAUGGCGUGGCUGUGGGCCCUUCUCCUGGUGGAAACGGAACUCUCGUAGAUGUCGGUCUGUCCGAGCCACGGGAGAUUCUUGAAGCCGAAAUUCCUCGCGGAACUCGCGUCACAAUUGAGCUGGAAGAUCCUAGGUCCAAGGUCGCUGCAGCUGUCUCCCCCAGCACGCCCAGAGAGGUGAAAGGGUAUUACUGGGGCUACGCCGUGCGACAGUGCAGCAGCCUCUCGAAUGUUUUUACGGAAUCCCCAUUCGAUGGAGGCUACAAUUUAUCCAUAGGCACCUCAGAGAGAGGCGCUCCUCUGAGCGAAGUCUUUACAAGACCGGAUCUCUCUGACCCAGAAGCACUUUCAUUCCAGCAUGUUCUCCUUGUUUUCGGUGGAGUCGCGGGUCUGGAACAUGCAUCCAAAAAUGACCCUGAGCUACGAAACAUGGGGCUCACUGGGCAGAAUGUGAAGGAGUUGUUCGAUUGUUGGGUGAAUGUCCUACCUGGACAAGGGAGCCGUACGAUCAGGACCGAGGAAGCCGUAUGGCUAGGGCUAAUGGGCCUGAGGGGCUUUAUUGAGAAGCUGAGGAAGAACAGCUGA